AUGGGUACCUUGGCCCUUCUCUGCAUCGCUCUCCUGCAAUUGCCCGUGCCUUGCCAAGGCGUUGUCUCGACCCUCCAACUCAGCGGACCCCUCACGGGCACCCUGAACAUUCCCGCUUUCAGCAUCGUUUCCGUCGAUGCCACCUUCUCCGUCCCGGCUGGUGCUGCCCUCAUUGUCAACCAGGGCACCGUCUUCUUCGUGGCCCCAGAGGCAGCUAUGAAUCUGGCCGGCUCCAUCACUUUAGCAGGCCGUAUCAACGACCCCAUUUUCAUUCUACCCAAAGGCACGCACAAUGAUGACCCUACCGCUGUGCGCCACGCCUACGGGGCCCACGGUGCCGGCGCGUUUAGCAACCUUGCAACGGCUUUCGACACUUUCACUGUCACAUCCACAGCCAACAUUAACCUUAAACAUGUCGUCAUCGCCGGUGCCAGUGGUGGCGUCAGUUAUCAAGCCUGCUCCAAUCUGACUGGCCUCAAGAUUGUCGGCGUGGCCUCUGCCUCCAUCACGACCCCAACUGGUUGUAACCUUCCGCUGCUUCAUGCAGGGCUCUACGUUGGCCACAUGCCGACCGCUUUGCAAGUCCUUACUGCCGGCAACAAUGCCAACGUGCUAAUUCGUACCAGCCGUUUUGAAGCCAUGCCCGCCGGCGCUCUCAGCAUUGCCCGCAACCCGCGCAGCGACGUCACGAUCGCCUUCUCCACCUUUGUCCAAUGUGCUCGUACCAGCGGCGCGGCUCUCCUUGCUUUUCUGGACUUCUCCAAAGGCAACGUUCCCAUCCACCAGCGUGGCGCAACCACCGUGCGUGCUUGCGCGUUCACGGACGGCGGCGUGGCCGUCGUUUCCGAAGACAGCGAGGUGUCGGUUAUCGGCGCCACCUUCACCAACAAUUCGGUGCCAAGUGGCCAUGCUGUCCUUGAGGCGAUUGAUGAGGACAGCACCUUUGCCUUUAGUGUCCAGGAUAGCACCUUUACUCGUAAUCAAGGCCAACUGGUUCUGGCUAGCCAAGCCGGCGAUGCCGUCGUGCGCGACUGCGUGUUCCAACACAACAGCCACACUAGCCCUGGUGACACCAUGAUCAAGGUCACGGGCGUGGUGCGUGAAUCGCGCAUCAUCGGAGCCACCUAUGGCACUCUGAUCUCCGCUGCUACCGUGGCUGACAUCACCCUCUUUCGUGUCAAUGGGUCGGCCGCCAUCAUCUCCGGCAUCACCGGUGCCACCAAUCUCACUUGCCUGCAUUGCUCAGCUGACGCUUUCAUCGAUUCCGACGCCCUUUUGACCCUCAAUCUCACCCGCGUCGCUCUCUCAGGCGAGGUGCAGGUCAACUACUUUGCCAAAGCCGCGGCUGCCAUCAUUGGCUCGGACAUCUUUUACAUUGGAGGAGCCGUUGCCAGUAUCACCAGCUCGCUCCUCUCCGUCUUGAUCGACGAAACCACUGAAGAACCUUGCUUCAUGAUUCCAGAACUCGCCAUCAUCGGUGGAACCUGCCAUCGCAUUAUGACCAUGGCUGAUGAUAGUAUCUGGAACAUUGAGAGCAACCUCGUCAUUGGUUCGCAAGGCUCACUCGUCGUGUCGGAGGGCGCCCAGCUGCUUCUCAGUGCUGGCAUGGGCGUCCAGGUCUUGGGCAGCGUGGUCAUGGCUGGAACUGAGAGUAAACCCGUCGUACUCACCUGCCGUCCCGAGGAUAAUGCCGCCGCUCUUGGCACCCUUCUCGGGUGCCGAGACACGCUCGCCGGCCUCCCUACCGAGGAUGUCCAGUUUUCCGCGGCGACCAAGGAUGACUGCGUCGACAAGUGCGCCCAGGCUGGCGCUGCCAAAGCCCUUUAUUUGGCCAAUCAGUGCAUCUGCCCAAGCGCUCCAAAGCUCAGCUUUCAAUCGGCCACCUCUUGUGCACCCGGCGCUUGGGCCGUCUCAGCCGCCGCUGCGUGCCAUUCAUGGGGCACCUUCACCAUCGGCGCCAACGCCGCGACGACCAGUCUCUCCCACGUCACUCUACGCCGUGGUGGCUUUUCCCCCAGCGCUCUGGCCGGAGCCCCGGGUGUGGCCCUACAAGUCAAUGGCCCGGCUGAUCUUGACUUUGUAACCGUCUCUGGUAGCGUUGGUAUGGGAAUGAUCCUCAACGACGGACCCGCCAACGCCGCUGACACCAUCCAGGCUGCCAACGUUACCAUAGAAGCCUCAAAAAGCCACGGUCUGGCUCUUCAGGCGGGCUCGUGCCAAAACUUUUGCUUCUUUACCGGCGCACGCAUUCGUCAAAAUCAGGGCUAUGCCGUGUAUUACAACGGGUCCACCGAUGAGCAGCGUAUCUAUCUGCAAAACAGCUUCAUUACCGCCAAUGCGCUCUCUGGGACGCUGGACAGUCAAAUUUUUGUCCAAGGUGUCGAGGGAAGCCCACACCCCGGCAUCGCCCUGGUCUCCACUGUGGUCACGGGCAACACCGGCUCAAGCCUGCUUCACUUGAAUCACGCUGCCAGCGCCCUGAUGGAUGCGACGCUGUCUUCAACUCGCGUCUCUGUGACCGGCCUCUUUGCUACGGCUGGUGAUCAUGUCAUGAUCAAUUCUCGUUUUUCACGUUUGCGCGGGGGCAUUUCUUUGUCCAAUCCCAUGGUGGUGAAUUUGACCGACGUCACGUUCAGUGGCCUUACGGACGUAGCCGUCAAGGUGGCCCUGACGUCGAGCAGCUCAGACGCCAUCGCGCGAGUUCUGCUCCUGGACCGGAUCAGGGUGGUCGAAAGUACGGGACCAACCAUGAUUUCCGUGGUGGACAGCGUCGAGUCCUUGCCGCCCGUGCAUACGGCAGCACAGCUGCGCAACAUCUAUCUCCAUGACAAUAAUGUGUCUCGAGCCGCCGUGGAGAUUUUGCCUCAUGAAAAGUUGUCAAUCGACUUGCUCAACGCCCGCAUUGAGGACAACUAUGCCAACAGCGCCACCACGCCAGGAGACUCUGGCCCCAUGCCCGUGGCUGCCCUGCUGAUCUCCGGGGCGGGGGCUGUCAAUGGGACGUUCUUGGACAACGUCAUCCUGGACAACCCACGCCUGAGUGUCGAGGUUUUGGUCGUCAAUGAUUGGCGCAUCAACGCCACCGAUCUCUACGUACCCGAUGCCGCAAGCAACAUUGUAUGCCUUGCCGACAACGCCGUGGCGCCGGUCGCCUUCUCGGCCAAGCCUGACGCAACCUUUGAUUGUAGUAGCAUCAAUGAUUGCUCAGGCCACGGUACCUGCAUCUUGCCUCAAAUUUGCCUGUGCAAUGCAGGCCACGAAGGCGACGACUGCUCCCUCACCAGCUGUGCACCCGGCACGGCCCGUCCCAGCGCCGGUGUGGCGUGCACGGCCAUCUGCGAGGCUACUGGCGCAUGGCCCCAGGCAUUUGUGGGGGAGACUGUCACCAUGCCGUGCUUGACAGGGCAGGAGGGUAGUGCUCGUCGCACCUGCCUCCAAACUGGGUACGGAACUGUCGAUCGCUCUGAUUGCCGCUCGCCGGAGCUGGUCAACUUGAAAGCGCGCUUUGCGUCCAACGGCUUUAACGAUGCUACCAUUCUUCAAGACUGGGCCUCGGAAGUCACGCGGUAUCGCGGUCGUAUGGGUGCCCAAGACGUUGCUGUUUGUCUCGAGUCGAUUCAUCUGGCGUGCGAAACCAUGGGCGAGGACGAUGAAAACGACAUCGAUGUCAGCAAUGCCCUUUUGCAGGUCGCCCGGGUGGUCGAUGUGCUUGUCAACACGGAUCGUGCCAUGCUCAUGGAAGGCGAGCGAGUCUCGACUGACGAUACCUCAUAUGCAGCAACUCUAGAGGAGUUUGCCUUCCGAUUGCGUUCACGGCUCGUGGAAAGCACGUCCUACAGCCACC